AAAGUCUAACUUCCGUUCUCUAAUGCGUACAAAGUGGCUGUUGUGUGCAUCUUUGGACUCUUCUAGCUUUUUAUUUAUUGAUGUUUUGCUACUGUUCCAUUUCCAUGGGCCCUACUAGAUUAGCGGUGGGGCCUACGUGUCUGCGAAUUUUGGGGUCUGCUCUCUGUAUUUCUAACCCCUGUAUCUAGCUCUUUGGGAGUGCAAAUGCAACAAAGAAGAUUUUGAGCUGUGAGACAGAGAGAAAUGAGUGACAGGAAAGGGGGUCAUGAUGAUGAUCGUGAGGAUACGUUUCUUGGAGGAGAAAUGGGGGGGGUUUCAAUGGAGGGCCAUCAUUUCUUGGAUGGUUUUGACAGGGAAAAUGAUGGGAGAUCAGGGUUUCUUGAAUUUGGGUAUGGGUAUCCUAAUCAUCAGUACUUUGAGCUCAAACUCCCACAUGAUGAUACUCAACUUGGUCACCUCAGUCCACUUGGUGACUCUGAUGAAAAUGAUGAUCCGUUUCUUGAACUCCAAGAAACUCUAGCAGCCCCAACUCCUCAUCAUGUGCCUCAAAAUGGAACUUACCACCCUGCUGUUGUUUCUUCUAACGAGGAGGUCGGUGGGGUGGUGGUGGAGAAAGAGGAGGAGAACAACAAGGAGGGGCUUGAGCAGCAGCCUCCAUCCCUUCCUCCUCCUCCACAACAACUUCAUAAUCACCUUCGCAUUAGUUUUACUUCUGAUCUUAAACCUCGCCUUAGAUGGACACGAGACCUCCAUUCAUGUUUCGUUAAUGCUGUCAAAGAGCUUGGUGGACCCCAAAAAGCAACACCAAGGUCUGUUCUACAAUUGAUGGAUGUCGAGGGAUUAACCCUUUUCCAUGUCAAGAGCCACCUCCAGAAGUAUAGACAAGGCAGACAUUCAGUAAAGGAAUUCAGCGAGCCACUCAUAAAUGGUAUCUCAGCUGCUCAGGGAUCCGAAGGCCCGGGUAGUUCUAUGAACUUGCCCCCAUCGCAAGCAAAGAAUCAACCCAAAGGCAAAUCAAAGGUUAAGAAAGAAGAUCGAGGCAGCCUUUAUCAGAAGAUUCAGGCCCAGCGAGCUAUACAUAGGUAUUUACAUGCACAAGGAAGUUACCUCAGAAUAGCAAUAAAUAACGCGUGUAAGUUUGCUUCUAACCAGUGCGUUGAAGGCGCAACCCUGGAAAAUAGCACUUACUAUGGGCAGGGCUUCGUCGGAUCAGGAAAUGCUGCCCUGCUGAUGCCAUAUUUUUACCAGAACCAGCUGAACACGAGCCAUGCAUGUAAUUCAAUGGAGGCAGUUAAUGCAGGUAUUUCUGUUGAAAUGCCAUGGAGUAGUUUCCAAACCCCAACGACAGUUCAAGCUGGGACUGAGAACAGCUCCGUUUCAGUCGGGCAUUCAACAGGUUCAUAUCUGGAAGGUUCCAAAACACUUCCUAGACAAGCAAGCGAGGGGGAUGGGGCAUCAUAUGAGGACCCCGUUGACAACUAUUUGAAUUGGGAUGACACUUGCACAAACAUCCUAGCUAUCGACUAUGGUCGCUUCGAUCCGGACAGAGUUGCCGGGACCUCUAAAUAACAGGCCAAAAUAAAUCAUCAAUCAUCGGAAUUUGGUUGGUCUGGCCAGUUUCAAGAAUUUCUACCCUUGCAUCAGGAGUAACCUCCCUACCUACCUAUCUAUGAUGUAAUUAACAGCCGUAAGACU